CCCGCCGCCGCCUCGGUGCCACAGCGAUGACCCUGAGCACGGAGAUGUCCGAUGCCUCCGGCCUCGCGGAGGAGACCGACAUCGACGUGGUGGGGGAGGGCGAGGACGACGACGACGAGGAAGAGGAGGACGACGACGAGAGCGGCGGUGGCGGGUCCCGGCGGGCCGUCCCCGCACAGCGGCGGCGGCGGCGGCGUUCGUACGCCGGGGAGGACGAGCUGGAGGAUCUGGAGGAGGAGGACGAAGACGAUGACAUCCUGCUGGCUCCGCGGGCGGGAGGCUCCCCGGCGCCUCCGGGCCCGGGCCCAGCCCCGGCCGCGGGAAGCGGGACUGGCGGGGGCGGCGGCGGCGGCGGCGCGGGCGCGGGCGCGGGCACGGGCGCAGGCGCGGCCGGGAGCGGCGGGGGCAGCGGCGGCGGCGCGGGCGCGGGCGGCGGCGCCAAGAACCCGCUGGUGAAGCCGCCGUACUCGUACAUCGCGCUCAUCACCAUGGCCAUCCUGCAGAGCCCCAAGAAGCGGCUGACGCUGAGCGAGAUCUGCGAGUUCAUCAGCGGCCGCUUCCCCUACUACCGGGAGAAGUUCCCCGCCUGGCAGAACAGCAUCCGCCACAACCUGUCGCUCAACGACUGCUUCGUCAAGAUCCCCCGCGAGCCGGGCAACCCGGGCAAGGGCAACUACUGGACGCUCGACCCCGAGUCCGCCGACAUGUUCGACAACGGCAGCUUCCUGCGCCGGAGGAAGCGCUUCAAGCGGCAGCCGCUGCUCCCGCCCAACGCCGCCGCGGCCGCCGAGUCGCUGCUGCUCCGCGGCGCGGGCUCCGCGGGGGACCCGGCCGCCGCCGCCGCCGCCGCCGCCGCCGCCUCGCUCUUCCCGCCCGCGCCGCCGCCGCCGCCUCACCCCUACGGCUACGGCCCCUACGGCUGCGGCUACGGCCUGCAGCUGCCGCCUUACGCGCCGCCCUCCGCGCUCUUCGCCGCGGCCGCCGCCGCCGCGGCCGCCGCCUUCCACCCGCACUCGCCCGCGCCGCCCCCGCCGCCGCCCGGCGCCGCCGCCGCCGAGCUGGCCCGGACCGCCUUUGCCUACCGGCCGCACCCGCUAGGCGCUGCCCUGCCCGGCCCCCUGCAGGCCUCGGCGGCCAAGGCGGCGGGGCCCGGCGUCCCUGCGCUGGCGCGCUCGCCCUUCUCCAUCGACAGCAUCAUCGGAGGCAGCCUGGGCCCGGCCGCCGCCGCCGCCGCCGCGCAGGCCGCCGCCCGGGCCUCGCCCGCGCCCUCCCCGGGGGCCGCGCCCUCGGCGCCCGCGCCCGUGCCCGGACCCCGAGCUGGCGGCGGCGGCGGCGGCGCGGGCGGCUGCGCGGCGCAGGCGGCCGUGGGCCCGGCCGCCGCGCUCACUCGAUCCCUCGUGGCCGCCGCGGCGGCUGCCGCCUCCUCCGUAUCGUCGUCGGCCGCCCUGGGGACCCUGCACCAAGGGACCGCCCUGUCCAGUGUGGAGAACUUUACUGCUAGGAUUUCUAAUUGUUAAUACCGCUGGGGUAGCGCGCGGGAGAGAGAGAGAGAGAGAGGAGAGAAGG